CAGAAACCUAACCCGACCGAGAGAUCACAAGGGUUUAGUGUUAAAGGUAGACCGAGGAAAAAAUGGGUGGACGUGACGACAAUUGUGGAGACAAACUGAUUUGAACUGAUUGUACAAUUUUGGAUAAGAGGAAAAUUCGACAGUUUUUCAUCUACCAUAAUACAUGACUUGUGUCGUCUAUGUUGUCUUUGGAUUAUUUGUAUUAAGAGAAAAUAUAAGCUGAAAUUCCGUUGCCGUGGCAAAGUGUAUUUACAUAAAAUCGAUUAACUCUUUAUAGGUAAAAAAAAAAAAAAACAUUAGCUUCUGCUAAACAAAUUAAACGGAUUUACUCUACAACACCACACGACACCGAUUUAACACUUUAUAAUAUGGCCACUUCGUUCAACGCAGUUACACAUGUUAUUUUCGAUAUGGAUGGAACAUUAUUAGAUACCGAAAGCGUCCACAAGAAAACGUACACGGCUAUUGCACAAGAGUUUGGUAAAGAGUUUCCAGACGAACUUCGCAUGAAAGUACUUGGAACCCAAGAAAUGGACGGGGCCAGAAUAAUGGUGAACGCGCUGCAAUUGGAUCUGACGCCAGAAGAGUUUUUGCGAAAAGUCCAAGUCAUAGAAGAAAAAGAAUUGCCAAAAGUCAAGCUCAUGAGUGGAGUUAGCGAAUUGCUAACGCAUUUGCACGCCAAUGGGAUUCCGAUGGCAGUGGCCACGAGUAGCACAAAGAACAGCUUCGAAAUGAAAACCACUUGUCACCAGGAGUUAUUCAAACUCUUUCACCACAUUGUCACCGGUCCUAGCGACCCCGAAGUGAAAAAAGGCAAACCAGCACCGGACAUAUUCAGAAUAUGUGCUUCCAGAUUCGAGGAUCGACCCGAAGUCUGCGAGUGCUUAGUAAUAGAGGAUUCGCCUAACGGCGUGGCAGCAGCGGUCGCGGCCGGCAUGCAAGUCGUCAUGGUGCCAGACCCGAUUCUGUCUAGAGAUCUUACCAGAGACGCCACUUUGGUUCUAGAUUCUUUGCAAGACUUUCGACCGGAAUGCUUUUCACUGCCACCUUUCGGCGGUAACUGA